CCUCACUUUCACUUUGUUUUUUCAUUGCUCACAGGGGAAGAAGACCCUAUUUUCUUCACCAAGAUGAAGAGGCAGAGAGGUGUGAAUGUGAAUGGGGUUAAUCCCAUGAACAUGAACCGUCCAAUUGUUGAAGAUGUGGCAGCAGUAAUGGGGAAAAAGAAAGCAAAGAAAGAGGGUGAGCAGAAGGUGGUGAAGAGUGUUGUGGAGGAAGAAAGGAAGGAAAGUAGAGACAUGAUGAUGGUUGGUGGGUUGGUGCAUCAUGGAGCAAGAGAUAAUGUGGUGAUGGGGUGGAAUUGGGAGGAGUAUAUGCCAUGGUUGGGAGGUGUGGUGGAUGAGCAAAUGUCAUGGGGUUCAACUUGGUUCCCAGGGUGGGACAUGGACUUCUUGGGUGAAGCUUUCGGUGCCUUGUACAGUGAUGUUGUCUGGGAUGAUGAUAUCUGGAAUCUUAACAAACAAAUUCCAAUUCCUUUGGAUAGAAUGAGGUUUAAUUGGGGGUAGUGGUAGUACCAUGUAGCAGUAGUUCUUUAACCACCAUAUCUUAUAUAUUGUUUAGCUAGCAAUGGAAUUUCACUUGUCUUUUCAAUUAUAUAUGUUGAAUUCACUAUUUGUUUUCCAAUGCUAAUUUAACCCAUCAUCUACUGUAGGUAUCGUAAUUUGAGUUUGUAAUUUGUACAUAUUAUACGCCAAAUGUUACAAGUUGGUAAUAAUUCCAUAAAAAUCAGAAACAUGUUGGCCAAUGGGAAAUGAAAAACAACACCACCGAAAUCUGGUAUUGAAUCAGGUGAUCUGAUUCAUGUUACCAUCUUUUCCAAAUUUAAUUGCCAUGUGUUGCUUCAAAGUGGAAAAUAUUAUUGAACAUCAUCCUGUUGGACAAAUCGUGUGUGGUUUGCUUAUGUACUUGGUUCAUCCAAGGUCAACAGAAGUGCUAUUCCCUGGUCAAUUUGGAAAAGCAGGAAAGGCUUUUUGUUUAUUCAUCUGUAUACAUGCGUCCAAAUCCUACGCUUGAUCUUGGAAUAGUAAAAUACUGUAACUGAGAAUAUCUGGCACUAGCAGUAAACGAAUCCAAGGGCCUGUCAAAUCCAGGAAGUGCUUCUGGAGUCGGACAACAUGAUCCUUCAUUUAGACGACGUGUAGGGGAAAAACUCAGCUUUGGGGCAAGUUAUUCUUAUCUUAAAAGAAUCUUAUCUUGAGCUCACUAUGCUUGAAGUGUACUCUUCUGGUUUUAUUUUUUAAUCUUGGUUGACGAAGAAUAGUGACAAAAUUGUUUGAAAUAAUCCAAAUUGCUGGUUUACUUAUUUUGAAAUUUUAUUUUCAAUGAUGUUUCCAAAUAAUUUUGGCCAAUGGCAAGACCAGUCAAUUUUGAGUCUCAAAUUUGCCAUUCAUUGAUCCACGAAUAGCAUAAAUAGCAUGCUAAAAGAUCAUGAUUCUUGCUUCCCAGGCACAACUUUUUUGCUAAAUAGAAUCCAAUGAAUGAAAUACACAUCAAGAAAAGUUAGAGGAACGGAGCAUGUUGUAUAACAAAAGAAACAAAGGAAAACAAUUGACGAUGAUCCAAAGAAUAAAAGAGAUAAUAAGCUUCCAGGUGGGCUUGUAAGCAAUGAAAAUAAUGCACUGCACCUGGCAUCAGUUGAUUAGUCAAAUGAUCCGAUUGAAAGCAUUGUGGUACUCCCUCAACCAAUUGCUGAGAUAGUGCAUCCAAGCGACGCAUCUUCCACGUUUUAAAAAAAGGAAAAUCGGUUAAAAUGUAAUUCUGCAGUUUUAAAACUAGUUGAGCAAGAGAAUAGUAUAUAUGUAUCUCUAAUUUGCAUUCCAAGCAAGCUUUUCUGCUUCUUUAUCUGAUGAUACAGCUUAGACGAGACAAAGGUAGGGUAAGAAAAGUCUCAAAAUUCUUUUUACUAUUUCGUGUGGUCAAUGGAAACGUGACAGAGGAAGCAAAAUCAACGUGUUUUAGCUCUGAAUAUAGAACCUAAAAUUUCAAGUUACUCGAUAUUUAGAUAAUGGGUUCAGGAAUUCAGUGUGUUUUGUACAAGUUUUUCAAGAAUGUUUCAUGCCUCUCUUUUUUUGCUAGUUUAGGGAUGAAUAUCAAUCAUCUACUAAUUGAUUUCAUAUUCUGCCCGUUACCAUACAUUAUUUUGAUCUAUUGACAAUUUGACACAACUGUUUUGACAGCAAUAGAAGGCGCAAAAGUUAGUUAUUUGACUUGUUUUUCAUAUCUGAUAUCGUGCAUUCUCCUCAGUUCCAAAGCAUAAAAAUUCAUGGACCAUUGCCCUUGUAAGCUGAUGCUCAUCGGAUACUGCUUUUGAUCAAAUGGUCUCAUCUCAAAUUCACAUUCCCAGACUUUACACGUUUCUGGGUCUAUUAAUUGGUAUCGGAGGGCACUUCAUAAAGGGAAUUGUAGCCUUAUCAUCAAGCACUACCCUUAGUACCAUGUGGUGAGUGUCGUUAUCUUAUCUCAUAUGUUGGAUGGGAAUAUGAAUGUGACUAGUGCUGUUGUUGGUUUUAUUCUGCAUUCAUUCUCUCUUGUUCACCCUUCAUUCUCAGAUCCGGUUCAUUGGUCGGAAGCCUCGUAUUAAUAGAAACUCAAUUAUGGGAUGAGUCACGACCCACGAGACAAUGAUUGGAACAACCACCCUUCUAUUGUAACACAUCAAGGGAAAAUGAUAGAACAAGAUAAAUGAUCAUCCUUCAAUUUAACGGGUUUUCUUUUUUUUUUUUGGCCUCCAUAUCUUUAUACCGUAUCUGUCAAAAGUGAAGUGAACACUUAACACAAAAGCUAAAUUCCAGGUCACAAUAAUUUGUCGGCAGAGUUGAGCAAUUUCAUUUGGAUCUAUUGACUCACACCAUUGUAACAGGGCAAGGUGGAGAAAAAAGGUGAGGUUAUUAGUGGACUUGAUCAAGCAUAUCAUGACUCACCCACCUGAAUUCUUAUGUCAUCAUGCUAGGAUUUUAGCCAACACAGAUUUCUUAGGAUUGUUGUUUGUUUUUAAUGAAAAUGCGAGGUUGAUGUUACUAAAGAAAAUAUACAAUAUGGUUUGGUAACAGAAUGAGAUAACUGCCUAACUAACAAUAACAGAUAGCUUACUCUUAGCUGAUAGCAUAGCAGAUUGAGUGUGCUUGGAUUAAACAGCAUAGUGCAUUUACAUCUCAGCAUUUACUUAGACAUACUUGAUUCAUAUCAUCACGAACCAGCUACAUGGUGUAAUUGGAGAACAAAAAGGAAGCGGUGAACGCAAUGCAAGUUAAAGAAGAAAAGAAAAUGCUUAGUUGGACAUAACAUCAUCACCAAUGCACCUUUUGCAUCGCUGAAUUUUCAGUGCUCAUUGCAUCUCUUAUCAACAUUUAUAUUGCACUACUGUAGACAAACGUGGCCUUACAUUAAUGUCAAUAUUCUUUGAUUUGGGUUCACAACUUGGGGCAAUUAAUUUGGCGGUUAUAAAAAUAAAAUAAAAAUGAAUACCAUACACACAUGGGGAUGCCAAGUGUCCAAAUACGUGACUGUUUCAUCUCCUCCAUUAAGAUGGCUGUGAACUUCAUCUACGGUAUGGCUAAUUUUUCUGCCCUUUUUUUUUCCGAAUAUUAACUUCAUUUCAAUCUCAAUUGUAUUAUUUGUCAUCUUCCUUUCUGUCAGCGUGGUUUAGAGGUCUAUGCAAGACACUGAUGCUUAUUGUCUAUCAAUUCAGUGGCCAUCUUGAAUAUAUUUUUAGUUAAACCAAGUCAUAAUAGAAUCCGUUUAUAAUUCGAUUUGCGCGGUUUAACUAAAUAAAUUCAUUGUAUUCAGUUAAUUUUAGAAGUAUACUAUUUUGUUUACUGCUUUUGAUUUGGAUUUUUCCUAGCUUCAAGUACCCAUUUUUAGUAUUGGGGACUGGUAGUUUAUUAUUUUAGUACUGAUUUUAUUUUGAUUUAUUUAUUGCUCCAGGGGAUGGGAUUAGGAUUGGGAGAGGGAGAGGGAGAGUUAAGAGUGUGCUUUUUGCAUAUAACAAGAUUUGAACCUGCCUCUUACAUAGCAUGUUACUCUUAACUUAUUACUAAGCUAUGAUGAGAGGGACUAGCACUGAUUCUAGUAGUAUAUGAUUAUGUUGAUUGGGCUUGGCAAGUUUCUGUCCAAGUUAACCAUUUUAAAGUAAAGUGGCUACUGUCUAUCAUAUUAUUAUUUACGCACUUACUUCAUUAAACAUUUUAACACACGCAAUCAUAUCAUGGAUUGAUUUUGGUAAACAGUGUACACUUAAGAAAUUCUCUUGCACGACAUCAUUGGAAAAACUUAUCUUUUUUUUUUGUCAGGUUGGAAAAAUAAAUUGGGAUAAAACUUGUCACAAUUUCAUAACUUGAUCCGUGAAAGUGGGUGGGUUGAGAUAAAAAAAAAAUCAAUUGAAUAUUUUUGAGACCCAACCUAGGUUGGCCCAAAGUUAGGGUGGGUGGGUAGGUUUGUUGGCCCGAAAUCUGACAACUUUUAUCACUCUGAACCGACAUUGAUAUUGACCAAAAACAUCGAUGAUUAAGAGCGUAGCGCAAUUCUCGGUAAAAAAAGAGAGCACAGAAAUUUUUUAUUUGAAUAAGUGAAGGCCUAUUGAUAUAUGAACAAGCUCCUAAUUUAUUUGCCAAUGCCCAGAACAAAAAUUAAGGAACACCCCUCCCACCUCCCAGUAAGUGCUUUUAACUGAAAAAAGAGAAAGAAAUGAAUUGAACUUCUUCCAAAAAAUUAAGGCCAACUAAUCUACUUGAACAUUUAGAAAAGUUAAACGAAAUUAUUUUAAGAAAAAAUCAAGUUUAUAAAUUAAUUUUAUUUAUGAAAUAAAUUUAUUUUAUUAUUUUUCUUAUAAGUUUUUAUUGGUAAUUUUAUUUAAACCGAACCAACCCGUUUUGGUAACCUUAGAUCUGGCCUAAAACUAUACAAUAAAUUUUAACAUAUAUAGGAAUACCAGAAUUGAUUUUUGUAUGUUGUGUUGAAAUAAAGCUGAUUUGCAGAUUGAGAGUGGAUGCAAUAAUAAAUGAGU